GUGCAUGUGAAGUAUCUAUCAUAUCCCCAUGCUUACAUUAGUGCCUGACAGGCAGUGGUGAUCAACCUUUAUUUGCUGAGCAAAUGAAUGGAAACAAGAAUAGCACAAGUUGCACGCUGGCUGCUUAAAGCAGAAUAUGACAUUUUGUGUGGCCCACAUCAUUUCUGACAUUGAACUCGGCGGCAAUAUUUAAAAAUCAGGAGAUCUGCAUUAUUUGGACAUUUGGCUUCUAAUGGAUAACAUUUAUGCAGCUGUUAUUCUGCCAAGUUGUUUCUAAGCACUUACAGUAUUUUGUGAUCCCCACAAUAAUCUUACGCUGUGUGUGGAAUCAUCCCUAUAUUAUGGAUGGAAGAAUAAAAGCACAAAGAGGAUAAAUGACUUCUAAGAUUAUACAGCAAAUAAGUGGGAGAGCAGGAUUUAAAAACAGACAUUCUAAUUCCAGAGUUCAUGCUCAUAAGUGAUACACUAGGCCCCAUCACUUUGAUGUAUGCUCGCCUGGAAACAGUAGGCCAGAGCUAGGGGACUUUUUCAGUUCACUAUUCACUUUUUUUCCUUCAAGUUGCCAGCUUAGGUAUUUGGGAAGAAUUAGAAAAUGGCACAAAUGAUGGUGCCUAUGAGUGAAAAAGGAAAGCUGGGAGGAGAAGCUCUUUUACAGAUGACCAAUUCAGUUUCAGAUGAGUUUGAACUGAUGUCAAAACAUUUAAACAGAGAUGGUUCACAGGCAGCUGGAGAUGCUGGAAUAAGCCUCGCUGGAGUAAAAAUAGAAACCUGACCGGUACCAGCCUGGAAAUGGUCAUUAAAGCUGUGAGACAUGGUUGGCAAUACCAGAUUUUUAGCUUAGAAAUCCAUUUAGUAUAAAGUUUUAUUCUUUGGCUACUUCUUGAAUGUCAGAUGAAAGGAAACGUGGAAACAUGAAGGCAGAGCUGCUGCAGUUAAAGGGGCAGGGAGUGGAGUGGUAGCAGGGAGGCUACACAAACUCAGCACCCUGCCUCUGAAUCCUUUUGUGUUCCAGGCAAUGAAAAAGGUCCUGAGAGUAAGGUGAUUUGCCCUACAUAUUAAGAUCAAAUUGGUGACAGAGCCAGAAGUGGAACCCAGUGACUAGCUUUUUUCCAUUUUGCCCAGAAGUUCUAAAGGAAAGUUCAGGAACAGUUUUCAUGUUUAUUUCCUUUUGCUUCUCUAGAAUCCAAAGCAGCAGCUUCCCUAUAUACACCGUGGGGAACACUCACAGGUUCUUGGUCUUGCUGGCCUUCUCCUGGUUCGUCCGGAUGGCUCUUUCCCAGGCUUCACAGGCCCCUUCUCUGCCUGUGCCCUUCACACUCCACUCAUGCAUUGUCAUCUGCAUUCAAAGCGUCAUCUUAAACUACUGAUGACUCCUAAGUCAAUCUCCAGCUUGGACAUCUGAGCUUGAGGCUUCUAACUGCCCCCUGGGCAUCUCCACCUGCAUGUGCCAAUACCAUGUGCAGCCAUGUUUAGAACACUGUUAGUUGUAGGGUCAAACUGGCAAAUAAAUCUACAUGAAAUGGGUAGCUUUUUCUGUUUUGUUUUGUUGUUUUGUUUACAAAUUGUAUGUGGCCAGUAUUGACUCAGGAACCUCAGCAGGUUAAUAAGCAUAGCAGAAAUUAAAAGGUUAUUCAUGAUCUUCCUGCUACACAGCCAGGUCCAGAGAGUCUGUUAAAGCUUAGGAAAUGCCAUAAUUGUUAUGCAUUUCCCCCUAACUUUUUAUUAUUAAAAUUUUUAAAUGUGAAAAACUUUUUUUAAGUCUUAAAAUAAGAACCAUGAACAAUCCUCCUCCUAGAUUUAAUUGACUUUUUUCCAUAUUUGCUUUAUCAUUAGGCACAUAUUUUCUUUUUGCUGGCCAUUUUCAAGUCAGACAUUCCGACAUCCCCCCUAAAUCCUUCAGCAUUUAUCUCCUCAGUAGUAAAGACCUUGAUUGGCAUAAAAUAUCAUUAUCACACAAAAUUCAUUAAAUCAUCAAAUAUCCACGUCAUAUUUAAAUAUCCCUAAUUGUCCCCAAAAUGUUUUUUAUAAUAUUCUUUUAAAAACUAAGAUCCAUUUCAACAUAGGCUAUUCCAGAGCAUUCAAAAUGGUAGCAAGCUUUUUGAUUUUUCAUCUCCAAACUUGACAAAAGCACAAGCACACAAAACACAAAAAUCAAAAAGCAAUCUUAAUAAACAUAAAAUCCUAAAGCGAAAUGAACAGAUUUCAGUGUAUUAGAGGCCUGAAUUGUUGAAGAUACUGUGUUUGAACUGUUUUCUCCCCCUCCCCCAUUACGUAGCGGCUUUGAGGUCAGAGCCCAGUGAAGUCUUGAGUGCCUAGGCCAACCUGUAUAAUUCCAUCCCGGUCACAGCGACUUGUUCAAAUAGCCCAAGGGAGUCAACAGGUGGUGACAACACCGCCACAAAGGUGAUGCCGCCAGCAAGAAGUUCAGUCCUCGAGCCGAGAAUCGGAGAGGCGGGGUGUUAAGCAGUGACAGCACACCACCCCGAUGGCGGCCGCCCGGUCCCUGUUCCUUCGGCUUUCGGGGCGUUCUUCCUCUGGACUGUGCAGCGACCAGCAGCUCCUACUGAGCCCGUCCUGCACACGCAGGCACCCGCCCGCCUAGCCGCGGGCCUGGCGGGCGGGGAGGGCGGAGCCGGGGCAGGGCCACGCCCCCCGCGCGGCCCAGCCCGGCGCUCCGCCGCCGCCGGCCAUGCCGCCGCUGCCCGGGAGAGCUAUGGCCACUUUCCGCCUGGCCCUCAUCCAGCUUCGGGUUUCUUCCAUCAAAUCAGAUAACCUCACUCGAGCUUGUGGCCUUGUCCGGGAGGCAGCAAAGCAAGGAGCCAAAAUAAUUUCUCUUCCGGAAUGCUUUAAUUCUCCAUAUGGCACGAAAUACUUUCCUGAAUAUGCAGAAAAUAUUCCUGGUGAAUCAACACAGAAACUUUCUGAAGUAGCAAAGGAAUGCAGCUUGUAUCUCAUUGGAGGUUCCAUUCCUGAAGAAGAUGCUGGAAAAUUGUAUAACACCUGUGCGGUGUUUGGGCCUGAUGGAACUUUACUAGUAAAGCACAGAAAGCUCCAUCUGUUUGAUAUUGAUGUUCCUGGGAAAAUUACUUUUCAAGAAUCUGAAACAUUGAGUCCUGGUGAUAGUUUCUCCAUGUUUGAUACACCUUACUGCAGAGUGGGCCUGGGCAUCUGCUACGACAUCCGCUUUGCAGAGCUUGCACAAAUCUACGCACAGAGAGGCUGCCAGCUCUUGGUAUAUCCUGGAGCUUUUAAUCUGACAACUGGACCAGCCCACUGGGAGUUGCUUCAGCGAGGCCGGGCUGUUGAUAAUCAGGUUUAUGUGGCCACAGCAUCUCCUGCCCGGGAUGACAAAGCCUCUUAUGUUGCCUGGGGACACAGCACUAUUGUGACUCCUUGGGGGGAGGUCCUUGCCAAAGCAGGCACUGAGGAAACCAUCGUGUAUUCAGACAUAGACCUGAAGAAGUUGACUGAAAUACGCCAGCAGAUCCCCAUUUUUAGCCAGAAGCGAUCAGACCUCUAUGCAGUGGAGGCCAAAAAGCCCUAAGCUUUAUGUUUCCAAUGUGUCAUGAAACAGGAUAAGUUUUUAGAACAUAAUCAACUCCCUGCUAAAUUCUUCAAUAGAGUUUUUGUUUGUUUGUUUUAAUAAUUUCAGCCUUUUCCUUUCCUGGGAACUCUUUAUUGAGACGAUGGAGCAUCAGCACACGAUAUUAUCCAUGUCAUACUAAAUAAUCAAAGAGGGCUCAGGCUAGCACUGCAGAGCAUAAGAGGGAAUGGUUAUAAUAAAUCUAUAUUUAAGUUGCUUCAAAGCAAUUGGUAAACUUAUCAGCUUUUGGUAUCCUGGUGGUUGAUUUACCUGAUUUGAAUAUAUUUGUGUCACGAACCCCUUAUUACAGAGAAGGAAUCCAUUAUGUAGAAACCUUGGUCUGGUGCUUUUCUGUACAGUACCUUAGUUACAUUUUGGGUCUGUGUAUCUUUGGGAAGCAAGAUGAUGGGUCCUUGGCGUUUGCUAGAAGAGAUGGCAGCCCCACCCUUCCCAGCAGCCUCCAGGCCCUUCACAUUCAAGGAGCUAAUUAUUCAGCCCAGAGUAGGUGUAGGGGAGAGGAUGGGUCAGCAGUAAGGUCUGUGUGAGAAUGGCAGGUGGUGGCAUUUGGUCAAGGCAACUGAAGUGUGAGUCUGUGCAAAAGAUUUUCUGGAUAAGGGUGAGUCAGAAAGUCUCUUUUUCUUUUUUCUUUUCUCUCGAGUAACAUUUUUUAGCUUGAAAAAGGCAAGUUUUCGGCCUGGUGGUUCUCAGAAUCCUUUUGCACAAUUAAAAAUUAGAAUUCUAGUGAGCUUUUGUUUAUGUAUGUUACAGCUAGUAGUAGGCUAGUAAAUGCUUAACAAUGACCUGUCCAAGAAAAAAACCCUGAUUUUGUUUUAGUGUUUGCCGAUUUCCAUGCUAUAAAUACUUCCACCAUGGCCAAAUUCAAGCUAUCAAUGACACCUCUAAACACACAGUUGGGAAUAGAUGCACACUUAGCUCUUGUGAGAUGCGGCAUCCCUGAUCUAGCACAACACUGUUUACAUGUAUAUAGAUACUUACGAUAUUGGAAAAUAGGAAAAUUUUAAGCAGAAGAAUACAUGACCACACAUUCCAUUAGCUGUAAGAAUGAUGACAUCAUCAUGUCAUUUCAUCUUUGGAAAACAGCAGAGUACAAGAGUGAAAAAGCCAAAUGACCUUUUAAAAUUAAUGUAUAGUUUGAUAAAAUUUGACACGUAUACAUCUAUGAAACCACUCCAAUCAAAAUAAUGAACAUACCUCUCCCCUUGUCACAGAAUUUUCUUGUGCUCUUUUAUAACCUCUCUAGCUGCUCUUGUCCCCAGGCAAUCACUGAUCCGCUUUGCCGCUCUACACUAGUUAGAAUUUUUUAGAAUUACUUAAAAAUGGAAUCAGAUCAUAUACUUUUUUGUCUUCUUACACUGAUCAUAAUUAUUUGGAGAUUUGUCCGUGUGUGCAUUAGUAAUUCAUUACUUUUUUAUUCCUGAGUAUUAAUUUAUGUAUAGAUGUACCAUAAUUUAUCCAUACACCUGGAAAUUUGAGUUUCCAGUUUUUGGCUAUUACAAAUAAAGGUGCUAAAAACAUUGUG